AUGCCUGGUCUACCUUCAAGUGUCGAUCUCGACGAAUGCAUCGACCGACUUUACCGUAAAGAGCUUCUCGCGGACUCGGUCAUCGAAGCAAUAUGCGCCAAGACAAAGGAGCUGUUGAUGAAGGAGAGCAAUGUUGUGCAUGUGCAGGCACCCGUGACGGUGGUCGGAGACAUCCAUGGCCAAUUCUUUGACAUGAUUGAGAUUUUCAAGAUUGGUGGAUACUGUCCUGACACAAACUAUUUGUUUCUUGGCGACUAUGUCGACCGCGGCCUCUUCAGCAUCGAGACGAUCUCGCUCCUGGUCUGCCUCAAACUCCGCUAUCCAAGCCGAGUGCAUCUCAUUCGCGGCAACCACGAAUCACGUGGCGUGACACAGUCUUACGGCUUCUACACCGAAUGUUCACGAAAAUACGGCAACCCAGCUGUCUGGCACUACUUCACCGACAUGUUCGACUAUCUCUCGCUCAGCUGCGUAAUCGACGACAAGAUCUUUUGUGUACAUGGCGGCUUGAGCCCGAGUAUACACUCUAUCGACCAAAUCAAGAUCAUCGAUCGCUUCCGAGAGAUACCCCACGAAGGACCAAUGGCCGACCUCGUUUGGUCUGACCCAGAUGCCGAACGCGACGAGUUCUCUCUCUCACCUCGAGGAGCAGGCUACACUUUUGGUGCCCAAGUCGUGAAGAAGUUCCUAGAAGUCAACAGCAUGAACCACAUCUUACGCGCGCAUCAACUCUGCAACGAAGGCUUCAUGGUCAUGUUCGAUGAUCGUUUAUCCACGGUCUGGUCUGCGCCGAACUAUUGUUAUAGGUGUGGGAAUCUGGCGUCCGUGCUCGAGGUCGGGCCAGGUGGCGAACGGCAUUGGAAUGUAUUCGAUGCGGCGCCGGAGAACGAGGUCCACAGACUCGAGCAGCAACAACAACAGCAGAUGCAGGUUGGUAGUGAUCCAGUCAGGGACUAUUUCCUGUGA